AUGUCCUCUACAAAUUCCAAUGAUCCCACUUCAUCUCUUAAUGGACUUGUUUCUUCCCUCCCAGACUUUUGGCAACAUGCGCCAGAGCUUUAUUUUUUCCGUAUUGAGGCGACUUUUCACUCCGCCAAGAUAACACGUGAAACCGACAAGUUUUAUAAGCUGGUCGAGGCCCUCCCUCCCACCAUUCUUUCUCAAGUGCAAACGCUUCUGAGAGAUCCCCCGACUGAUGCUCUUUACACCAAGUUAAAGGCUGAACUUCUUCGCCUGACAUCAGUCUCCGAUCGGCAGCGUUAUCACGCACUAGUAAAAGAGGAGGCCUUAGGUGAUCGCAAGCCGUCGGAACUCUUGCGUCGCAUGCGUUCUCUGGUUGGGAACAUGAAAAUCGACGACAAGUUCUUUAAAGAGAUGUUCCUAGAACGUCUGCCGAUGUCUGUACAAACAAUCUUGGCCUCUGGCUCCGACGACCUAGAAAUAUCAAAGUUAGCGGAGAUGGCUGACCGUAUGAUGGAGGUUGAGCGUUUGUCAUCCCCGACGAUUGCUCAGGUGUCCCAGCCUCUCAACGUGUCCACCCCUGACCUUGCUGAACUAAAGACGCAGAUUACCCAGUUGUCAGCGACUGUUGCCGCUUUGCAGCUGCGCCGAUUCCCCGGUCCCUCUCGACGUUCCUUCGGUCGUGACCGUCGUCGUUCCCGCUCUCGCCCCAGGACCGCCAACCUAUGUUGGUAUCAUGUCAACUAUGGCGAUAAGGCGCGGCGCUGUGUCCCACCCUGCUCCUUCAAGUCCACGCAGGGAAACUCCUCGGCCGGAGAGUAA